UGAGCACAGAUGACCUCACAAGCUGAAUCCAAGGCUUCUUCCCUUCGUGUCUUCUCUUGUUAGCCCCUCUUAAUUCGGUACUGUUGGGAUUGAAAUAAAGAAAGCCUUCGAAAGUUUCCCGAUCGUAAACACAAGUCUCCUUUCGUUCAUUUUUUGGUACUUUUCUGCUGCGCCGCCAAUUUGAGACCUUUGCGCCAAGACCUGAGCGAUCUUCGCGCGUACCCCUUUGGAGUCUUGGUUGGAAUUGUUUAGCGAAGGCUGGAGUAUCCUAGCCUAGCCUCCCCCGGUUUCACUUGUUGCUGAGCUUCCGAGUCCGCGUGGCUCCGUGGUGCAAUUGCCAUGAUCUAGAAAGCAACGGCAAGUUACUUAGGACGUAUAAUUCAGUUGAAUUGUCCGCGCGACGGCACGCGAGCGCUAGGAUCUUGUGGUCUCAAAAACGAAGACCCCAGUUACCGAGGCGAAAUUAGUGAUGUCCACCCUAGAUAACGGCCAUGCCUCAGAAGGCAUUGGGAAGAUUGUGGGAAUUAAGGAAGUUCCAUCGAACGCUAGAAAGACAAAUCUUUUCCGAUGGACACUCGGAUUGGUAGUGCGGCUUUGUAUCUGGUUUAUCUUGCUCACCCCGUUCUUCCGAUGCCCAUCGCAACUAUCCAACUUGAACGACUCUUCUCCGCGAGUCUGCAAACCUUAUCUUGUUGCUCGCUCUUAUAUUGAACCGCACGUUCUUCCCUACUACAGCAACUAUGGUGCACCUUACGUCGAGAAAGCACGUCCGUAUGUGCUAGUGAUUAACGAAAAGGUCUAUACGCCUGCGGCAAAUGUCGCCAAACUCGGCUACGAUAAGUACGGCGCACCUGCUUUGGACAAAGCUCAAACCUACGGAUCCCAGCAGUGGGAAAAGCAAGUUGUCCCUCUCUUACAAACCGCAAGGGAUGCUACAAGCGAAUUGUAUAGCGCCAAAGUUGCGCCUCAUGUCCAACGAGCGACAGCAAUCGUGUCGCCUUACUAUCAAAAAGCGAACUCCGCAUUUCAUUCAGCAUGCGUUAAUCAUGUUCAGCCUUUUCUUGCUCGCUCGAGGCCCUUUAUUGGGAAAACAUACACCUCUGGUCAGAAUAUUUUGACGACUACUGUUGUACCCUAUGCGCAAAACACAUGGUCAUCGGUGGUUUAUUUCAUGCACAGCUGGUUAUGGCCCAGAGUUACCGGUCUUUACUCUGCAAAUGUUGAACCUCAACUAGUCAAAAUCGGACAGAGACUAGCAAGCUAUCGCGAAGGGAAACAACUGCGAAAUGUUGUGGAUGAAGUUGACAGCUCUUCGACUAAACAAGAAAGUGUUACUUCCGUAGUACUGGAAGCGACAAAAAGGGAAUCCCUCACCUCAACCUCCACGGUAGUAGCCUCAUCUACGCCUCACACAUUGUCCCCUACCGAGAUAACAGCGCAAACUCGCGAAAAGAUCGAGUCCGACCUACGGACAUGGCAGGAAAAGUUUGCUGUGGCUGCUGACAAAGGUUUCGAAGAUCUUGAAGAGCGUCUGUACGAACUCGUUGACGAUUAUGUAAAUGGCGGGGCGAAGAAGCAUGGCGAGCGCCUUGUAAUGGCUCUGGAAACCGUCGUGCAACAGGAACUUCAAGCUGUCAAGUUUCGUAUGGGCGAAUUGACUGAGGCUUUGCCUAGUGAACAAUCCCCUGCGGAGGAGGCGGCUCAAACUGCCCUCUCCAAGGACAUUAGACAAGCUGCAGUCGCCAUCCGGGAUUGCGCUCAUGCUAUUCGGGAAUGGCACAGUUCAUUCGAUCAAGAGCUAGUGCGUCAUGUCUCUGCAGCAGUAAAUUCUACCAUUGAUGUCCUUGACAGUGUUCGUGACUUGGGCCUUCAGGAAAUAGGCAUACGGUGGGCUUUGAUGGACGGUGUUACCUACAAAGAUUGGGCCAAAUAUCACGCAUUAAAAGCGCAGUUCGAAGAUUGGAAAAACAAAUUCCGGGAGGUCGGUUUGCGGCAUGCGAAGUUGGAGGAUGCUAGAGCACUCUCUGACUACGUCCUAUCACGUGGAAUGGAUGCUGCCGAAGGUGCGGCGAAAGAACUUGCCAGGCUAAGGGAUGUCGGCAGAUGGAAGAUUGCUGCGCGGGAAGUAAGUGACAACUUCGAUACAAGGUCAGGCUCUCCACCCUCACUGCCAAAGCUUAGUGAUCAGUCUGGAGUCGACGCGUCGAGUUCAAUGGUACGGGGUACUACAGAGUUCGAAGGGCAGACUUUAGGCCUUGACGAUGCACCUCUAGAAAAUGAAUAUUCCUCAUUGGAGGAUGAGGGAUCACCGAACAAGGAACCUGAGUCAUCUAAUUUUCCUGCGGAAUCCGCCGAUAACAUACAGCGAUCUCCACUCACUGCGCAGCAAACUGACGGAGAAGAGGAGGUAGAUCCCACGACAUCAAGCUGGGGUGUAGCUGCGGCUCAGAUUUUGCCAGAGCACGAUGUGUCUGACGACGGCAAGGCUCCUGAAAAGCUGUACAGUGCUCUGAAUCAGGCUCGCGAGCAGUAUGUGGAAGCUACAAGGUCUGCAGAAGCGAACUCGUUCCAAUCUCUUCAUCCCGAGGUUGGUGACCAGGCCACUCGUGAUCAACUCACCGACACUACGCGGCAAGCGCCAAACUUUCCAAGCCCGCAUUAUGAGGCUGUUGAGAAUCUUGUCUCUGAUCUACUCUCUGGGAAAGAUCCUUUAUACGUCCAAAAUUUCAUGGAAAAACUACACGCCAUUUAUGGAUCUUCAGUACCGGCGCCGCCCGAGCUACAAAGAGAGAUCGUUGCAGAUUAUAGGAGAACUUCUACUUCUUCAUCACCGGCCACACAUGAGCCCCUAAGUCAAGAUGACGUGGAGAAUAGACUUGGACAAUCCCAAUCUGCAAUCCGGCCUGGGUAUGAGCAAGCCACACCGGUAGAGUCUGCAGCAGGCAGUGAUGCCUACAGUGAAAGUCCUCCGACUGAGCCUGUGAUUCCUUUAGAGAGCACACAGGAGCAGGAUAUAAAUACGGGAUUCGAUGCAAACACCUUCGCAUCGGAAGCUAGUGAGGCUACCACAUCACAUUUGCAAAACUCGGACGACUACCUUGAAGAUACGCCAACUAGGGACGACCUAUGACCUCAAAUAAUACGCAAACGCUCCCUUGUUGUGGGCCUAAGUCCCGUAUAGAUUGGUCAAUUACAUGGUUCGAUUCAAACGAUACACCUAUGAAUGAUAUCCCUUUUACCCUGCUUGACUAGUAUGAUUAUCAUAUCAGAUUGAUUACGACCUUAGUUAUUCCCCACAUAGUUUUUGCUAGUAUGUUAUGCUGCGUUACAUUACUGUAUUUCCGUGUUUGCUUGUACUAUGGGAGAAUAGUGAUCGUUGGAUGUACUGGAACCGGUGACUUCAAGGAUAUAAAACGAUAUAUAUGUGUGUAGGUGUGUUUGUACUAAAUUUA